AUGGAGUGGGUGCCCUCCCGCCCUCCCCCAGGGCUGAGCCAGGAGGCAGAGGGCGCUCGGGCUCCCCGUGUGCGCACAGCCUCCACGGCGGAGCAGGUCAGCGCCCUGGAGCGCUCCUCCCGGCACUGCCGCUGCCUGGGCCCGCUGGAGCACCAGAGGCUGGCCCGGGAGAUGCAGCUCCCCGAAGUUAAGAUCAAAACCUGGUUUCAGAAUCGCCGCGUGAAACACAAACGCCACCUGCAGGGCUCCCAGCUGAGCGCGCCCUUCCCCACAGCACUCCGUGCGCCCCUGGCGCUCUGCCCCCCCACCUCUGCCCUGGGCUGCGGCCUGCAGCUGCUGUGCCCAUGGGCAUCUUUGCCUGGGCCCCCGGCUCUGGCCCAGCCUCUGGGCUCCUUCUGGGGUCCCUGCUGA